AUGUGUAUCGACUUACCCUUAACGAACUGGAGCGCCGUCGAGCAAACGUCGUUCCGAACAACGCCGGCGAAGUGGGUUAGCACCUCAAGCACGACAGGAGGUGGGCGCAGCGAUAUACUCGCCGCGGAUGAACAUGCGACAGUAGAGGCCACCCAGGCGACGGAGCUGGAAAGAAUUGGCGGAGCUCUUCACGAGAGCUGGCAAGUGGGUGAAGAAAAGCCGGCAUCGAACGCGACGAACACGAACUACACGAACAUGCCCAAUAACGAACCAGCGCAAGACGUAUCUGCGAAGAAUGUAGCCGAGCCGUCGGAGGACACGGACAUCCUCGCAGCAUCACUCCCAGGCGGGGAGAGCAACGAGGACGCGCAAGAAGUACACCUGCAGCGAGCCGGUAGGACGACCGAACAAUGUGAAGAUACCACCCCCGCUGCGCGGCACCAGAACAAGACCGCGCAGAGCCAGGAGAACGAGGGUCUUCAUCAGCAUGUAAUGUGCCUGAGGACCACACUUCUCAGCGUGGUUAUUGGUGUGACAGUCGUGGCUUGCUUCCUCUUGUUUACGUGCAGCCAGCAGAUGGGCCUCGCCUGCUGCGAGCUGGAGGACCAGGACCGGACCGACUCAGAAUAUUUAGCAGACGAGAUGAAACACGCACAGCCUGCACCGAAAAAGGCAAGCCCGGAUCCACCCAAAAGUAAAUUCCAGAAUCAAAUUCCGUACUCCGUGGGAAGCUCCGCGGUGCGGUCGAACAUAGAUUCCUCCUUCGUGCCAUUAACGGGGGAAAUAGAGAGCCCCUCUAUCAAGAACACGCCAGAAUUCGGCUCGAUCUAAGUAAAUAUUGCCGCCCAGCAAAAGUAUGCUUAUGCGCGUGCGCCUCGCACAUGUCGUACCCGUAUCUAUCAGUAGCUUCGCAUUCAUGCCCGCACUGUUGUAUUAGUAAGUCGUGAAUGGAAAUGCAUUCCGAAAAGACCAAAAGAGAAAAUCUACGACGAACUGCCCAUCUUAAUGGUAGUGUAUGCUCUGAAACCGUGGACGAGAAGGAGAUGAGAGCGCGCCGCUGGGA